AUGACCGCAACCAGAGUCGCCAUCCUCACAGUGAGCGAUACAGCCUCCGCAGAUGCCGCCGCAGACAAAUCUGGCCCGACGAUCAGGGAGAUCCUCUCCGCGGCCGGGUACGACUGCAGGCACCUGCUGAUCGUGCCCGAUGACGAAACGCGCAUCCGCGAGACCGUGCGCGCGUGGUGCGCGCAGGGGGACGUCGACUGGGUCCUCACCACCGGCGGGACGGGGUUCGGGGUGCGCGACAGAACGCCCGAGGCAUUACGACCGCUUAUCGAGCGCGAUGCCCCAGGACUCGUGCAUCUCCUCCUUGCCUCAUCUCUCCAAAAGACGCCGCUCGCCGCGCUUUCGCGUCCUGUCGCGGGCACAGUUGGAAACACACUCGUGAUCACGCUUCCCGGGAGCGUGAAGGCCGUCCGAGAAAACCUGGAGGCGUUGCUCUCUGGCGGCGUCGUCGAACACGCUUUGGAGCUCGUCAAGGGCGCGUCCAGCCGCCAGCUGCACGCCGGGGGGACAUCCUCUACGUCCGAGCAUCAUUCCCAUGCGCAUGCCCACCAUCACCACCAUCAUCACCACCACCAUGCCCCCCAGCCGAGGACCGUUCUAUCGCACGACCCUUCUCUCCCAGUCACAAGUCGAUUGAGGGAGUCUCCAUAUCCACUGGUAUCGGUAGACGAGGCAUUGACAUCCGUCUUGACGGAGGUCAAACCGUUACCUGCUAUUGAGCUGCCCGUCAACCCACAACUCCGAGGCCAUGUCCUGGCCGAGGACGUAUACGCGCCGCAGGACGUGCCAUCGACUCAGACCACCAGCGUCGAUGGGUACGCGCUUCGCUCCACGGACCCGCCAGGCGUCUACAAAGUGCUCACUCCGCGCACGCACGACCUCGCGGACCCGCUACCCGCGGGCAGCAUCUUCCGCAUCAACACAGGCGGGCCGCUCCCCGCAGGCGCAGACACCAUCAUCAUGGUCGAGGACACGCGCCUGCACAGCACGGUGCAGGGCGCGGACGGCGCGGACGUCGAGGAGCGCGAGGUCGAGACGCUUGCGCAGAUCCCCGCGGGGGAGAACGUGCGCGCGCCGGGCAGCGACACGCGCAAGGGCGACCUCGUGCUCGAGAGAGGCCAGGUCGUCCAUAGUGCGGGCGGGGAGAUCGGCACGCUGGCCUUCGUGGGGAGCGCGAAGGCGUGGGUGCACAGGAAGCCCGUCGUAGCUGUGCUGAGCACGGGAAACGAACUGCUCGACUUGCAGGACCCACGUCCCAUGGAGGGUGACGGCUGGGGCGGCAUUUGGGAUACCAACCGGCCGUCUUUGCAAGCCGCGCUCGAGGGCAUGGGCUAUGAAGUGCGCGAUCUCAAGAUUGUACCAGACGACCUUGAGACCCACAUAGCUACUCUCAAGAGCGGGUUGGCAAGCGCAGACUUGAUUGUCACUACAGGCGGGACCUCAAUGGGCGCAAGCGAUUUGCUCAAGCCGGUCAUCGAACGCCACCUCGAUGGCAUGAUACAUUUUGGGCGUGUCAAAGUCAAGCCCGGCAAGCCGACCACGUUCGCGACGAUCCCCUCGCCCAACGGCGAGAACAUACCAGUAUUCGCCCUACCGGGAAACCCCGCAUCCGCCUUGGUAACAUUCCAUGUAUUCGUGGUUCCUGCGCUGCGCCGCCUGGGCGGAUGGCCGGCCGAACGUUGCCAACUGCCCAGAAUACGUGUCCAGAUACAAGACCCAAUGCGCCUGGAUCCCCGACCAGAGUACCAUCGUGUCAUCAUCAAAGCAAGUCCUACGGGAUUAAAGGCUUACAGUACAGGUGGGCAGCGCUCUAGCAGGGUGGCUAGCCUCAGCGGAGCGAAUGGCUUCGUCGCCCUACCAGCAAAACAGGGGGAUGGACCCGAUAGUUUGAAAGCCGGCGACAUUGUGGAGGCAAUGAUCGUAGGAGAGCUACAGAUGGAGUGAGUACGCGCUCGGGAGAACUAAGACGUGUAACAAGAGACAUGUACAUUACCUGGCUGCGAUCAUACACAAACGAGACCCUGUAAAGUGCGCCCUUGCA